AUGGUGAAUGAUAAUGAAAACUUAGUAGCUAAAUCAAAAUCAUAUAGUUGGCAUUUUGGUAAACUACCACGAAUACAAGCUGAACAGUUACUUAAUAAUGAAUAUAGUGGAACUUUUCUUAUACGUGAAAGUGAACAUUUUCCAGGAGAUUUAACAUUAUCAAUUAGAGAUGAAAUUAAAAUUCAACAUUAUAGAAUUAAAUAUGAUGGAAUAAAUAAAACUUAUACAAUCGAUGAUGAAACUUUCUUUUCUAAUCUUAAUUUACUUGUUCAGCAUUAUGAAUCUGAUGCUGAUGGUCUAUGUUGUCGUUUAGAAAAAUCGUUGAAUAAUAAACAUGAUACAAUUGUUUCGAUGAAAAUUGGAAAAACAGUGUCACCUGUUGUAAGUGUUUCACCUGAAGUAUCAUCGACGAUUUAUUAUAACGAAUUGCAAAUUGGAAAACUUGUUGGAUCUGGUGAAUUUGCUGAAGUUUAUGAAGGAACGUAUAGAAAAUCUCGUGUUGCUGUUAAAAUGUUAAAAGAACCAAAUUCUGCAACAAGCUUUCUUCAUGAAGCUGAUAUCAUGAGUAAAUUGAAACAUCGAAAUUUGGUUGAACUGUUGGGUAUAGUUCGAAAAUCCGAUAAUAUUAUUUAUUUAGUUACUGAAUUCAUGGCUAAAGGUUCACUUCUUCAUUAUUUAACAACACGUGGUAGAACAGUGAUUUCUCAAAGUGAUUUAGUUGAUUUUGUUAUGUAA